AUGGGUUCAAAUAUUCAACCUCAUUCAUUGUUAAAGGCAGCUAAAGCGAUCGGAGUCCUUGAUGAGGUUUUCCGAGCUUUUGAAAUAGAAAUUAGAGGAAAAGACUGCUACGAAAUCAUUGUUGAAAAAAUUCUAUACCAAUUAGAAGAAGAUCUAAAGAAAAGCCUUGAGUGCUCAUCCACUGAAAUGGCCAUUGAAAGAGCAGAUACAAAAGAAACAUAUCAGGUGUAUGGUUUGCUUCUAAGUGCUUGUGAUUUUAGAAUAAGAGGACCUCAAAAAGAGAUAUUUUCAGAGGUACUUACUCUUCAAGGCAAUCAAGAAUGUUUGAAAGAUAAUAUUCAAAAAGCAGUUAUUCUUACAAAAGAUAUGCUGACACUUGUGCCUCCGCUAUUGAUAACGAUAGUUCCUCAAGUGUAUAAUGAGAAGCUACAUGAUACUAAUCGAUCAACAUGGGAUGAGUCUGGGGUUAAUGAGUGCAGAGAGCUUACUUAUUAUCGUCCUAUUCUAGUGUAUGGUAAUCAGUUGCAUGUUGCAACAAGAGGAUUGAUUGGAAAUGUGGCUCCACAGCAGCCACAACAGAAGCAAGAACAACAAAAGUAUCAGCAACAUCAACCAAGGGGAGCCUCUUUACAUGAUAAAACUACAAGUGCACCUUUGGUUUUUAGUCAAGUUUUUCAAGGGAAAAAUAAAAAAAAUUAA